AAAAUCUUCCUUUUUUAACUUGUUUACUUCAAUGCACAUUUUAAUAUUUUGAUUUCUUCGUCAUGGUCUUCACGUCCUUUCUCUUAUCUCUGUUUCUCAAACUUAAUUCUAUCUUGUAAGUUAUUACAAGCUUGGAAAAUAAUAAUAAUAAUAGUAAUAACUCACUACGUGAGCUGAGCUGUGUUUCUUCUCUUUUACUGUUAGUUUAUUUUUUGGUGGGUUUUUAGUUGAAGUCAAACGGGUUACCACCUGUUUUCUUUCUUCUUCCUCUCUCAACUGUAAAGUGUCCCAACAAAUUCUAUGAAGAAACAUGUCGCUUAAGCUCCAACUAUUAUGUUGAGAUCCAUUUUUUUGAAGAAAAGAUGUUCAAGUAAAGAGCACUAUGUCAAAAAACAGAACAUUCACAGAGAUUUUGUCUGAAAAAGAUUGUUUUAAGUUCUUCAUGUGAACAGUUUACAAAUAUGGACUUCAAGAAAGAUAAGCUAGUGAGGUUUUACAAUGAUGGAAAAGGUGAAACUCCGCACAUAGAGAAGUCUUUGCCAGUGUAUAAAUCAUCGGCUCCUUUGUUGAAAACAGAAGGAAAUAUUUUUGAAAGAAACAGAACCGCUUCAAAAAUUUCGAAAUUUGGAGGGCUCAAAGUUUUCCCUGAGAAUAUAGAGCCUUGGAGGAAGCGAAUUCUUGAUCCAGGAAGUGAAGUUAUCUUACAGUGGAACAGGGUUUUUCUCUUUUGGUGCUUAGUAGCUUUAUUUGUUGAUCCAUUGUUUUUUUAUCUUCCAUCAGUAGAAAAGAAUGGUAACGGUUCAUGUAUGACAACUGAUUUGAAUUUGGGGAUCAUUGUAACUUUUUUCCGAACCUUUGCCGAUAUCUUUUAUAUGUUGCACGUGGUUAUAAAGUUCCGGACAGCUUAUGUAUCUCCUAGUUCAAGAAUUUUUGGAAGGGGUGAACUUGUUAUGGAUCCAAAGGAGAUUUCAUGGCGGUAUCUAAAAUCGGAUUUUUUCAUAGAUCUGCUGGCGGCACUGCCCCUUCCUCAGAUAGUGAUAUGGUUUAUUAUACCAGCAGUCAGAAGCUCCUCUGCUGAUCAUACAAACAAUGCGCUUGUGUUGAUUGUUCUGCUCCAAUAUGUUCCACGCUUAUAUCUGAUUUUCCCAUUAAGUGCCCAGAUUAUCAAAGCCACUGGAGUUGUCACAAAGACUGCUUGGGCUGGUGCUGCAUAUAAUCUUGUGCUGUACAUGUUGGCCAGUCAUGUCUUAGGAGCAUCGUGGUAUUUGUUGUCAAUUGAACGGUAUGCAACAUGCUGGAAAUCUGAAUGCAGAAAGGAAUUUAGUCCUGCAAAAUGCUUUCUCUAUUACUUGGACUGUGGCACACUGAGUAAUGAUGAUCGGCAGUUAUGGGAGAAUAGUACUGUUGUGUUUAAUAACUGCGAUCCUACAAACUCAAAAGUUUUCCAAUAUGGCAUAUUUGGAAAUGCAUUGACAAAUAAUGUUGUAUCCUUAGAGUUCCUUGAGAAGUAUUUCUAUUGUCUCUGGUGGGGCUUACAGAAUUUGAGUUCUUAUGGCCAGACUUUGACCACAAGCACAUUCAUUGGGGAAACCAUGUUUGCUAUACUCAUUGCUAUUUUGGGUCUGGUUUUGUUUGCCCAUUUAAUUGGAAACAUGCAGACCUAUUUGCAAUCCAUCACUGUGAGACUUGAGGAGUGGAGACUUAAGCGGCGAGACACUGAGGAGUGGAUGAGACAUCGCCAGCUCCCUCAAGAUCUUAGAGAACGUGUAAGGCGAUUUGUUCAGUAUAAGUGGCUUGCAACUCGAGGAGUUGAUGAAGAAUCAAUCUUACAUGCGCUACCUACAGAUCUUCGCCGAGAUAUCCAACGCCACCUUUGCUUGGACCUUGUUCGAAGGGUUCCAUUUUUCUCACAAAUGGAUGAUCAGCUACUAGACGCCAUAUGUGAGCGCUUGGUAUCCUCCUUAAGUACUCAGGGUACCUACAUAGUUCGUGAAGGUGAUCCUGUUACAGAGAUGCUUUUUAUUAUCAGAGGGCGGCUGGAAAGCUCAACUACAAAUGGGGGCCGAACAGGUUUCUUCAAUUCAAUUACUCUAAGACCAGGCGACUUUUGUGGUGAGGAGUUGCUUGCUUGGGCAUUGCUGCCAAAAUCUACUGUCAACUUGCCUUCUUCUACGAGAACUGUGAAGUCCCUCGUCGAGGUUGAAGCCUUUGCAUUAAGAGCUGAAGAUUUAAAAUUUGUGGCCAAUCAGUUCAGACGCCUCCAUAGUAAGAAGCUACAACACACAUUUCGUUUCUAUUCCUACCACUGGAGGACGUGGGCUGCAUGCUUCAUUCAGGUGGCUUGGCGUCGUUUCAAGAAGAGGAGAAUGGCUAAAAGUCUUGGCACAAUGGAAUCAUUCUCAUAUAAUAAUUAUGAGCAAGUGUCUAAUGAAAGAGAGCAAGACGAUGAAGAUCAUAGUAGUACUGAAUCAUCAUCUUCUGCUCAUGCUAAGCAACACCUAGGUGUUACAAUACUGGCUUCAAAGUUUGCUAAAAAUACGAGGAGAGGAGCUCAGAAAAUUAAGGACGUUGAAUUGCCAAAGUUGCAAAAACCUGAGGAGCCAGACUUCUCAACAGAGCCAGAUGAAGACUUGUCUAUCUAACUCCAUUAAAGUAGCACUUGCUAGGUUUCUGAAACUCUAUUUUUUCUUUUUUUCCAAGUAGUCAUGGCUUAAGCUGUUAAUAAUUUGUAUAAUGUAUUUAAGCCUAUGCCAACAUUAGUAAACAUGUCCUGUUAAUAGGAGAUCUUAUUAUAGUUUCAGCAACCCAAAGGCAUUAGGGAGCGGAUCAAAUUAAUCCAAUUUACCCAUAUCAAACUAGAAUCCCAGUAUAGAUUUGAUACCUUUUGCAGUAAUUUGUUCUACAGUUCCAUCACUACUUUGCCCUACGAUUUGUGUCUUAUAUCAUUGCACAAAU